ACCCGCCCCCCGUUCUACUGUUUCAUUCCCACUCAUAAGGCAUUCAGUAUAUGUCUCUUCAUACUUGCUCUACUCAAGCACAAGAACAAGAUAAUCUAAAUAAAGAAAAAAGAGGAAACAACGGGGCAGAGCUGGUUUCGGUGUGACACAGUUUCUUCCGUGUUUUUGCAUUGUAGCCUAACGAAAAAUUUACCGCCCGCAGUUCAGCCAUGUAGCUUCCGGGAUCAUCAUGUGACGGUCAGCUGAUCUCCGCUAGGAUAUAUGCAGAAGCUCUCCUGUCUGGCAACGAGUGUGCAUUCAUCGUUAUCUCAGAGGCAGAAAUGGCCACAUACCCACCAAAGUUAAAGAUUGCUACUGCUUCUAAUGAAAGGCUGCAAAACUUGAAAAAUACUUUUGAAGCAAAGUAUGGAGUAUCUCCUCUCUUUUAUGCAUGUGCACCUGGAAGGGUAAAUCUUAUAGGAGAGCACAUUGACUACUGUGGCUAUUCUGUGCUUCCAAUGGCCAUUGAACAGAAUAUCCUCGCAGCGGUCUCAGUGAACAAUUCAGGGACGAUCCAACUGGCCAACACUAAUCCUCAGUACAAGGACUUCACUGUGUCAUGUUCAGAGGACAUUGCCAUAGACAGAGACAAUCCAAAGUGGCAUUAUUAUUUUCUCUGUGGAGUUAAAGGUAUUCAGGAGAAGUUUGGGAUUGCUCAUUUAGCAGGGAUGUCAUGUGUUGUAGAUGGAACCAUUCCUCCGAGCUCAGGUCUGUCCAGUUCUAGUGCCUUAGUUUGUUGUGCUGGACUCCUAACAAUGGAGGCAAAUCAAAAGACCCUGUCCAAGGUGGAACUUGCUGAGAUUUGUGCCAAAUGUGAGCGCUACAUUGGCACAGAGGGAGGUGGCAUGGACCAGUCUAUCUCAUUCCUGGCAGAGAGAGGAACUGCAAAGCUGAUAGAGUUCCAGCCUCUGCGGACCACUGAUGUUAAGCUACCAGAUGGGGCCGUGUUUGUGAUCUCCAACUGCUGUGUAGAGAUGAACAAAGCUGCUUCUUCUCAUUUUAACAUCCGUGUGGUGGAGUGUCGAAUCGCCACAAAGAUGCUGGCCCAGGUGAGGGGUCUGGAUUCAAACAGGUUGAUGAAGCUGGCCCAGGUUCAGCUGGAGAUGAAGGCCUCGCUGGAGGCGAUGCUGGCAUUGGUGGACAAGGUUUUACAUCCUGAGCCAUACAGUCGAGAGGAGAUCUGCAAGGUGUUGGGCAUCACCUCCGAGCAGUUUUCCACAGAACUGCUGAGCGCUAACACUCAACAUGUAACACAUUUCAAGCUGCACCAGCGAGCCAAGCACGUGUAUGGUGAAGCAGCACGGGUGCUGCAGUUCAAGACUGUGUGUGACUCUGAACCAGCUGAAUCCCUUCAGCUACUGGGAGACUUGAUGAACCAGAGCCAUGCAAGCUGCAGAGACCUGUAUGAGUGCAGCUGCCCUGAACUGGAUCAACUGGUGGCCAUCUGUCUGAAGUCGGGGGCUGUGGGUUCCCGGUUGACAGGAGCAGGCUGGGGUGGCUGUGCAUUCUCUAUGGUGCCCAGUGAGAAGGUGGAGUCUUUCUUACAGGCAGUGAGAGAAGCCUACUAUCUCCCUGAUCCACGCAGAGCAGCAAUGGAAAAACAAAGUUUGUUUCUAUCAAAGCCAGGUGGAGGAGCUGCAGUUUUUCUUGAUGAGUGAGAUGCAUCACACUAUUGUAUAGGUUUAAUUAUACAGGUGUGAUUCAUUUUCAAUAAUAUAUUCCUGAAGGGACGUAGAGGGAUUUUUUUUUUUUUUUUUUUACAUUUAGUCUUGAAAUGAGG